CUCAGGUAUAGGAAAUAUUCAUAGGAACAGAAUAAUCCGUGGCACUAAGGCUCGGAACCGGUUUUAAAAGGAGCUGUAAAUACCGGUUUAUUUUGGUUUCAUUCCGAACUUUCAUAAGAACGAUAACGUAUUAAGAAGUUUAUUGUAACCUAAAUAAACCGGUUUAUUCGACGAGCGUCGAGACGGCCGGCCGGCCUGGUGGACAAAGACACCGACAUAGGAACAAAGCGGUUUUCAUUGUUCUAAACCGGUUAAUCUGAGAAGAACUUUAUGGAACUGUGCUCCUUAGACCAGUUUUAAAAUAACGCUUUUACUAACGAAACUGAAAUUAAAAGGUUUUGUGCCAAGUACAUGAUUACGGUUGGGGAAUUUAACCGGACCUUGCGUGGCACUUCACUAUGAGCAAACGAUUAACAUUUUAUCUAGUACGCAGCAAACUCUGGCCAAAUGUUGACCGUUAUGUAUAUAUCAGUGUUUUUCCUUGUUUUAACUUUAAUUAAUAUAGACGCUGCAAUUAUAACCAGAUAUGAUGAAAGUGAAUGUAACUUAGAUCCUCGAAUUGUAGACGAUAUAGCAUCUUAUAAAAAUGUGACGCAGACUAUUAUGGAUGAGAUUAAGAAUAAAGGAUUGGGUGAGAGAAUGUUCGAACAAUUCGUGUUGUUUUUGGACAAGUUUGGUGCUCGUCCGUCCGGAACAGAGACUUUGGAGAAGGCUAUAGAUCACAUGAUUAAUCUAACAAGAAGACACGGAGUAACAGAUGUUACUACUGAAGAAGUAGACGCACCACACUGGGUUCGCGGACAUGAAUCAGUGUCAAUGAUCUCACCUCGUGAAAAGAAUAUCGCAGUUAUUGGUCUUGGAAGCAGCGUCAGUACUCCAAAGGAAGGAAUAACAGCAGAAGUAAUCGUCGUUCAGAGCUUUGAAGAACUCGAUAAGAAAGCUAAUGAUGAUAUUAGAGGGAAAAUAGUUGUUUACGAUGUACAUUACAUUAGUUACGGAGACACUGUGCAAUAUAGAUCACAAGGAGCUUCUAAAGCAGCCAAAAAAGGAGCUGUAGCAUCGCUGGUUAGAUCAAUCACUCCUUUUUCUAUAUAUUCUCCCCAUACUGGCGCUCAGUAUUAUGACAAUAAAGUGCCAAAAAUCCCAGCAGCAGCAAUAACUCAUGAAGAUGCAGAUUUGCUAUAUAGACUUCAGAAUCAAGGUGAAAAGAUUAUUCUGGAAAUUAAAAUGUUCAGCACAUUUGAUAUGAAAAAGUCACGGAAUACGAUUAUAGACGUAAAAGGUAAAGUUGAUCCUGAUAAAGUAGUGAUUGUCUCUGGACACAUAGAUAGCUGGGAUGUAGGACAAGGAGCUAUGGACGAUGGAGGUGGAAUGAUUAUCAGUUGGCUAGCUCCAAUAGCUUUGCACCACUUAAAUUUAAAACCAAGAAGAACUUUGCGUGCUAUAUUAUGGACAGCUGAAGAACCUGGUUUAGUUGGUGCUCAAGCAUACUUAAACAAACACAUAAAUGAGCUUGAUAAUAUUAAUUUUGUCAUGGAAUCAGAUGAAGGUACAUUUAAACCUCGUGGUCUAACGGUCGCUGGGUCUACAGAAGCUGAGUGUCUUAUAGCAGAAGUACUAAAACUGUUUUCUCCAAUAGACAAAUUAAAGAAAAGCGACUACCCUGGUUCCGAUAUAAAUUUGAUUAUCAAUAAAGGGGUGCCUGGGGCAUCUUUAAUGAAUGACAAUGAUAGGUAUUUCUGGUUCCAUCAUAGUGAAGGGGAUACAUUGAAUGUUUUGAAUAAGACAGAUGUCAUCGACUGUGCGGCGUUUUGGACGGCAGCCUCAUACGUUAUUGCUGAUAUGAAAGAAGGUAUUCCUCGUAAAAGCAAAGCAGUUUAAGUGCCCUUAAUUCUUUGGAGGGUAUUUUAGUAACAAAUGAAGGAUAAUCGUCAGAGAAAACCUUGUUUAAUUCCUUAUACUUAUUUUUGAACACCAGUCUGGCCUAGUGGGUAGUGACCCUGCCUAUGAAGCCGAUGGUCCUGGGUUCGAAUCCCAGUAAGGGCAUUUAUUUGUGUGAUGAGCAUAGAUAUUUGUUCCUGAGUCAUGGGUAUUUUCUAUAUAUUUAAGUAUUUGUUUAUUAUAUAUAUCGUUGUCUGAGUACCUAUAAUACAAGCCUUCUUGAGUUUACCGCGGGACUUAGUCAAUUUGUGUAAGAAUGUCCCUAUAUUUUUUUUUAAGUGUACUUUUUCUACUUGCGUAACGAUAUCAACUAUCACAGCUUACCUAUAAAAAUAAACAAUAAAGUCUAAACUCUAAAGUAUACCUAAUAUAAUAUUAAUAAAGUUUAAUGUUCAGUGA